GGUGCAGUGUUUCUGUUAUUCUCAGCCUUGCAUGCACUGUAGUGUCAGAUAAGCACUCGCACAGCCUGUCACUCAGCCCGUAUUGUAGCAGAUUUAGUGACAACCCCCUGAAGACCGCUGCCCUGGUUCCUCCGGCCACUGAGAGUGGAGACCUAAAAUCACACCUACAUGUUGAACACCCUGUAUCUCUCUGUAGAAGCGAAGGACAAUGUCAGCAGUUCCUUUUUUAAAAGUAGAGUUUUCUUCCUCACUUUUUCUACACCUGGGAAAGUAGAAUAUUACAUUUUCAGUAAAGAUGUAUGCUUAAAGACAGUGUUAAAUGCACAAGGAUCAAGUUGGAGUUUGUUCACUAUUUUGUCUAGGGCAAAGAUUCUUGUUUGGACUGCACAUGUGCACUACAGGUCUUCAUCUCUACACCCCACUCACCCCCCCAUCUCAAACAUUUUUGUUUUUGUUUGAGAAAUGAAGAAGAAAAAGUGCCAUAUUUGAUAUGGUGAUUUUUAUAUCUGAUCAGAAGGAGAAUAUUAAAAACAACCAAAAGGUUUGCAUGGAAAAUCCUUUUUUUGCAUUGUGUUUAUUUUUGUUAGUUUUGGUUGUGAUGCACGUUCCCAACAAAAGAUGGGAGUCUUUUCUUGAUUAUGAUUCAGUAAAUUUCACUUGUUUUUUUUUCCUUUCUUUUUAUGUUCUUCACCGUUUUGUAUUGACUUUUAUUACAGUUAAACAUCUUCUAUGAGCUACAUUUAUUUUUCUCAUUCCUGAAAGCAAUUAUUCGGUCUGAUAUAAAAGAAAAGAAUUGUCCUUCCAUCAAGUGGAAACUUGCCCUGGGGCAACACUCUUCUUAGCCAGCUUUCACAUCUUUAAAUAGACUGCUAUUUUAAUUCAAAAGCAUAACGCAGAGCCCUGAAGGCAUGCAGCCUAGAUUUAAUGCAAGGGUCAAAUGUCCUGACAACACUCGAACAUACUCAUGGUGAGUAAAUCAGAGGAGAAGAAGCUCGAGACCAGUGUCACCUGUGGUAUUCACUCUGGUGUGUUUGACAGGCUGCUGAGGAUUUCUAUGGAGUUGUUAAUUAUCAGUGAUAUUAAGCUUUUGUGAUGUCUUUUUCCCCUCCCCCCCAGUCGGUUCAAUUAGUUUAUAAACGGAAAAGAAAGGGUCACUUUUCCACAUCUGAAGUCCAGCCGUCUUGUGAAAGGAAGAAGCGAUGUCCUACUCAUCCAAGCUUCCCGCUUCCUGGAAUGAUGAACGACCACGUCGGAAAGUGGAAAUCGAUCUGAGCUCGCCUGGUUUGGCAGUGUUUGAGUUGGAAAGACUGCUGUUCACAGGCAAAGCCAUCAUCAGCCAUGCGGAUGAAGUGUGGCCGAGGCUUUACAUCGGGGACCAACACGGCGCAGAAAACUUUGCGGAUCUGUCCAGGCAUCGCUUCACUCAUGUCCUGAAUGCAGCUCACAGUAAAAGAAAGGGACAACCAACCGCGUACGAGCAAAUGAAGAUCACCUACAUGGGCAUCGAGGCACACGACUCCUGCAACUAUGACAUGAGCAUCAACUUUCAGGAGGCAGCAGACUUCAUCCACAGAGGACUAAACACAGGAGGGAAAGUUCUGGUGCAUUGUCACGUGGGAGUCAGUCGCUCUGCCACCCUGGUGCUGGCUUACCUGAUGCUGAAGCAGAAGCUCUCUCUUGUGGAGGCUAUUUGUGCUGUGAAAGAUAAUCGGGGUGUGAUCCCAAACAGAGGUUUCCUCCGACAGCUCAUUAAACUGGACGGGCAGCUCUUUGGCAAACAUCAUUAAACCACCAGAGACCAAGAUCUCAAGAACGUUCAAGCUCCAGCAUCUGAAAUCAGUUCAUUUCUUCUGGUCUGGACUUGAUGUGUGCAAGGACGAGAUGCUAAAAACUUUAGUUUUUUUCAUUGUCUAUGGUUUGACGUCUUCGAAUUUAAAAAAAUAUUUAUUUUUUGACUUGAAGACAUCCAAAAUGCUCUAAAAUCCCAAUGUGAAAACUCAUGAAGGCUCCCUUUUAGGACUACCAUUAUAAAGGUCCGCAUGAGCAUCUUUUUAAAUUUUGGAUGCUGCAGAGUCAUUAUUAGGAGCAUUCCAAUGUUCUUUCAUCUAUAAAAUCCUUAUAAGUCCUCCUUUCCAAGUUUGUAUGCCAUUUAUCAAUAACUGAUUAAAAAUAGAAAAUUUGCAAAACAAUAAGAACUCAAUCCGUUUAUAAUUUUUUUUGACAUAUUUUUGUAAAUAUGAAGAGUUUCCUAACUUUAUUUAGGUGGCAAAACAGUGCGGGGCUGGUAUAAAAGUUAUCACAGUAUGUGAUAUCCAGAGCCAAGAUAGUCUUUGUUUAUGAGUGACAUUACAGCGUCAAACGACAGCCCCUUUCCAGUUUUUUGAGUGGACCUUCCAGUGUAAAUUUGAAAGUCUGUAGUGUAGCCCGUGGUGUCGGACAACACAAAAAGUUUGAUCCCCCACUUUGUCGGCUUACUUUUGAUGUAUUGUUUUAGCCCAAUCUUGGCUUUAGUGGCUACCAUUCUUUCAUCCACAGAAAGAUUUUUCCGGGGGUGGUACAAAGCCUUACAGGCAACCCUCAAGCUGUCGUACAGGGGGCGCAGUCUGUGCAGUGGGUCAUAAUCAGGUGUCCCUUUUUUUUGGUCGUUCACUGCAUCAUCCUCUGGGUUACUCAUGUGGACAAUGGUAUGGAUGUUGAGGAAACGAUCUCUGGACAUUACUUUCCCUGGAUAUGAAACCUGAAAUGCAGUUGUGGUUCUCCAAAAAUCCUUCAAUUGUGGUCGUUUCAUUAGUCCCAUGUACAAAGUAAGUCCAAUAUAUGCAUACAUUUCAUUAGCUGUGACAUCAGUCCAAUGAAUUUUUUUUCCAGCAGCUAAAUUUUUGGCUGCAUUUUUGUUGGUGUUUUCACAUAAUGUCUUUAUGGCAGCCUGGUCAAAAAAUAAUUUGAAUAGCUCUGAAGGUGACUGAAUCUCAAUAUUGGAAAGGGGCGGCUGAACACCUGGUGUCCUCUUUGGACGGAAAUGGAGUGGGGGGUGCGGCAAAUGAUCAGUCUCCUUCUCUGUUUUCCACUUGACUUGAGUGUCCACAUGAGUUUCUGACCUUUUGCCUCUCCUUUUACUUGCUGGACCCUCCCGACUUCUUUUUCUUCCUCUACUUGCACCUGCCACCACACCGUUAUUGUCCUCUUCAUCAUCCUCAUUCAGAUCGUCAUCUUUCUUCUCCACGAUAUUGCCAGUACUGCACACAGACGUAACAUUACAGAUUAGUUAGAUUUUUCAAUCACAUGUUCUGUUUUAUGUAAAAAAAUAAAUAAAUAAAUUUUAUAUAUAUAUAUAUGAGUGAAAAAGAGCCCACUUACAUAUCAUGAAGUUUAUCAAUCCCUUCGAUGAAGUCCUCUUCCUCAUCAGUGUCUGCGGUAUCAGGGUCUGAAGAAUACCUCUCCUCAUUUUGGCCAUCUUGAGCGGUGACUAGCUCCAAGACUUCGGACGCAGAGUGAAAUCUUCUUACUCCGUGUCUUUCCAUAAUUUAUUUUUUCGUGUGUUUGCCUUCAAAAAAAUGUUACGAAAAAUAUCGAACACGUGUUUCCUUGCAAGAGCAGAGCCAAAUCUGUAACAUAAAGACACACAGUCAAUAUUUGAUCAGAAGGUGAACGCGUUAGCUGAUCUAGUCUCUAAAUAUUUUCUGGAAUACAAUUUAUACUAUUUGUAUCUAUUUUAGAAAUGGAUACAAGUAGUAUGUAUUUCUAAAAUAGGUUAAAAAAAUCUUUAUAUGCCAAUAUAUUAUCUUCAAAUUAAAGGAAAAUUUGUUGUACUUCAAGAGCUGCAAAUAUUUAACCUUUGUGGCUGAAUUAAUAAAACCUGGUCUCCAAACAAAUUCAA